UCAAACUUUUCAGCUAACCAUAACAAUAAAUACAUACAUUAAGCACUUUUAGUACACUAAAUUGAAGGCAAAAUACAAUUCUAACUUGUUAAUCAUUAAAGCAUGAGAAUUAUGACCGACUAAGCAAGUCAUCUGAAUGCAGUAGCUGAACCCCGAAAGCUAGAGAACAAAAAGUAUAAAUGUCGGAAUCAAUGUCAAGUGAUCACAAAAGUUUAUUAAAAGGUCAUUCCUCCCAAUAUUUAAAACUAAAUGUUGGUGGUCAUUUAUACUAUACCACAAUUGGAACACUGACAAAAAAUAAUGACACAAUGCUGAGCGCAAUGUUUAGUGGUAGAAUGGAAGUACUGACUGAUUCGGAAGGAUGGAUUUUAAUCGAUCGCUGUGGAAAUCAUUUUGGCAUCAUUCUUAAUUUUUUAAGAGAUGGCACUGUGCCGUUACCCGAAACUAACAAGGAAAUUGCAGAAUUGCUUGCCGAAGCCAAAUACUACUGCAUUACCGAGUUAGCUAUUUCUUGUGAACGGGCACUAUAUGCGCAUCAGGAGCCAAAGCCAAUUUGCCGCAUUCCACUUAUAACUUCGCAAAAGGAAGAGCAGCUUUUAUUAAGCGUUUCUUUAAAGCCGGCUGUUAUUCUUGUGGUUCAGCGCCAGAAUAACAAGUAUUCGUACACAAGUACAUCAGACGACAACUUAUUAAAAAAUAUUGAACUAUUUGAUAAGCUUUCGUUGCGCUUUAAUGAACGAAUUUUGUUCAUUAAAGAUGUAAUUGGACCCAGUGAAAUCUGCUGCUGGUCAUUUUACGGACAUGGAAAAAAAGUAGCUGAAGUUUGUUGCACUUCAAUAGUUUAUGCGACUGACAGAAAACAUACUAAAGUGGAAUUUCCGGAAGCUCGUAUUUACGAAGAAACGCUACAAGUCUUGCUUUAUGAAAACCGCAAUGCACCAGACCAAGAGCUCAUGCAGGCAACGUCUUCGGCACGAGUAGGAAGUGCUAGUGGAACCAGCAUUAAUCAGUAUACAAGCGAUGAGGAAGAAGAACGCACUGGACUAGCGCGAUUACGAUCUAACAAGCGUAAUAAUCCGUCCUGAUUUACAAAAAUUUAUUACAUAUGAUUGACAUUGUUUUUAUGAACGAUUAAAAAAUAUAUAUACGUUUUCUUUUCUUAAUAAAACGUUA